AUGCAUCUACAUCCCAUGUCCCUCUCCUUCCUACUCCUCCUGGUUGCCUGGGCAGCCGUGGUGUGUGUUGCUGUGACGACCACCACGCUCCACGGUUUCCGAGGCUGUGCAGUACGAGAGUUCUCCUUUGUGGCCCAGAAGCCUGGCUGCAAGGGACUGCGUAUCACUACGGAGGCCUGCUGGGGGCGCUGUCACACCUGGGAGAAACCUGUACCCGAUCCUCCCUACAUCCAGCGACAACACCGUGUGUGUACGUACAGUCGUACCCGUCACAUGACUGCCCGCCUGCCGGGCUGCCAGCCCAACAUCUCUUCUCUGUACCACUACCCCAUGGCUCUGCACUGCCACUGUGCUGUCUGCUCUACACAGGACACCGAGUGUGAGACCUUCUGA